AUCACACAAAAUCAUAUAUACGGUGUGAAAACCAACUAUAUAUCUACGUAGUAAUACUUUAUUAAAUAAAACCAAAGUGUUGUAGGGUGUUAUGAGUGAGUAUGAGUGUGCGAGGCAGUAGUGAGGAGGGAGGCGUGUGUGUGAGCACCCCGGGACCAGACCUCAUCAACGUCAUGAACUGGUAAUUUACUCCCACUUUACCAUGGCUAUCCUCGAUGACCUGCCCGAAGAAAUUCUGGAAUAUAUCUUGUGUCUUAUAUCGCCCUAUAAUGACCUACGGUCGUGUAGACAGGUGUGUCGCAGGUGGUACACCUGUUGCCAGGGUGUUGUGGAGAAGAGAAAAUCUCGUUUUUUCACAGCUCUGAAGGUGGGCUGCGUAAAGUGGUAUAGUCCAACAUAUCCAAGCCACAUCAUCCCAAUCAGUAGGCGCUACUCCCAUUCAGCAUGUGUGUUUGAUUCAUCAAUGUAUGUUUUUGGAGGCUGUACCUCAACAAAUACAACAUUUAAUGACCUCUGGCGCUUUGAUUUGGGAUUGCACGAAUGGACACGCUUGUUGACCACUGGAACAUACCCAUCACCCAAAGCAUAUGCUUCAAUGGUAACAUGGAAUAAUUGCCUUGUGUUGUUCGGUGGGUGGACUCAUCCUUCUCUGUAUCCAUUACAUCAACAGUGGGUCUUGUUCAGUGAACUGCAUGUCUAUGAUAUUUUAGGCAACCGAUGGACUCAGCUGUAUUAUCCUGGAUCGCCGCCACCAACAGCUGGUCAUUCAGCUUCAGUACAUGGUAGUAUUAUGGUAGUAUUUGGUGGAUUGCAAAAACAGGAAGGAACUUCUGGAAGUACAAGUGAUGUGUUCUGUUUAGACCUCAUAAGACAGUGUUGGUUUAAACCUGUGGUGUCAGAUCCUAUGCCUAAACCAAGGUAUGGGCAUUCCCAGAUUAAACUAGAUGAGAGACAUAUUUUAAUUCUUGCAGGAUGUGGAGGAUCUAAUAAACUUUAUAAUGAUAUAUGGUUGCUAUCAAUGCCAGAUAAUAUAUACAACAGAAGUGAAAAAUGGCACUGGGAACAAGUUUAUGUAGAAGAAUCUGAGCAUAUGCCCUCUCAAAUGUGGUAUAAUCCAGCAUGCAAAGUUGGGAAUAGUGUUGUUGUUUUGUCAACCUGUGGGAGUAAUAAUGCUUCAGCAGGUGGGAAUAUGUCUCAGCUUUUGGUGCCAGGUUCUGUAAGGAGACAGCCAGCUAAUGUCUGGGUUCCCCCAAUACAACAGCCAGAAAUACGUCCUCAUGAUCAUCAGCCUCUUGAACGGCAUCAGUUGGAACCAAAUGUUAACGGCCAACGUGGUUUUCUUCGGCCAGGAAUCCAUUCAGUAGAGCAAGCAGAAUCUAGUAGUGAUGAAAAUGAUGAUGGAAACUUCCAGGGUGCACAUAGUGGGCAAGGAACAUCUGGUAGAGGGAGACCUCGACCCUCUAUUAGACCAAAUGCAUCAAGUGAUAGGGAGCGCAGACUUCAGGUAUUGUCAAGAAUGAAGGAGAGACUAAGAGAACUAUCACGUCAACAAGAACCCAGUAGUGCAACCUCCAUUAAGACUCCAUCCCGUAGCACUGUUACACCUCACAUGUUGGAUAUCAGCCGUGUUAUUUCAGACAGACAGGCUAGAUGGUGGUCUGUUAACCAAUCUAAUAGUCUCUCAACUUGUAUUGGCUCUCCUCCUCAGCCAUCUCUUCUUUAUUCUUUAGUUCUUGGCAGAGGUCACCUAAUCAUGUUUGGUGGUAUCCCACAUGAUCCUACUGGAGGUCAAAGCCAAGAAACUGUAUCAAACUCUGUGAUAUUUGUAUCUGCACCCUCUACUUCAUACUUUGCUGCCUAAUACCAUUGAAAAUAUUUAGCAGCUUAUUAUAUUUGUACAUAUAUUUAACAUUUGUUUUAUUAUCAGAGGAUUGUUAUAGUUUUGUAAAUAGGAUACUUCACACAAAUAAAACUCAAUAACAUUAUAUUUCAAUUCUUGUGUGUUUCUUUUCUGGCAAUAAUUGUGUGUGUAUUACAGUAUGUAAUUGAUAGCAUUACUAUUUGUAUAAAAUAAAAUUCAAACCAGAAAAAAUUACCAAUAAUGUUACAUAAUAAGGCACAAUAUUUAUAUUAAUGAAUUUUUUUAAUUCUUGAUUCUUUGCUUGUAUUUGCAAAUAUUUACCAUAAAUCAUACAAAUGAAUUAGAAUUUUUGACAAUGUACUUUUUUAUUUUGCAUAUCUGAUAUGUAAGAAUAAUAAUUUUCAUGUAAAAAGUUA